CACACAAGCAGCUACAGUUUACGUCUGUGCAAUUUUAAUGCGGCAUCCACUCAGGACAGCAUAGUGACUGUGCGAACGCACUUGCGAGACGCACCACUCAGAGAGAGACGCGCUACUUUAUUUUUACCGACUUGACCUCGGGAUAUGAUACAGAGCUGUUGCCAGGUUUUGAACAACUAUUGCGCACGAAUAUAUUGGAUUUAUUGUCGUGUGGAAUAAAGACGCAUAUUUGAAAAUGAACCCGCCGUGCGCGCGCUGUGGGAAAAUUGUCUAUCCGACAGAGAAAGUCAACUGCCUUGAUAAGAAUUGGCAUAAAGGAUGCUUCCACUGCGAGGUGUGUAAGAUGACCCUGAACAUGAAGAACUACAAAGGCUACGAUAAGAAGCCCUACUGCAAUGCGCACUACCCCAAGCAGUCCUUCACCAUUGUGACUGACACCCCAGAGAACCUGAGACUGAGACAUCAGAGUGAAUUGCAGAGCCAGGUGAAAUACAAAAAGGACUUUGAGGAUAGCAAAGGCAGAGGCUUCAGCAUUGUAUCUGACACACCAGAGCAACAGAGACUGAGGAAGACACAGGAGCAGAUCAGUAAUGCGAAAUACCACGAGGACUUUGAGCGGACUAGGGGCCGAGGCUGCACCCCAGUGAUGGAGGACCAAAGCAUGGAGAGAAUGCACCACCGGAACAAGCUGAUGAUGAGCGAGGCAGCCUACAAGGGAGUGCACCCACAGGUGGUGGAGAUGGACAGGAGACCCGGCGGCAUCAUCGUAGACGGAAGCUCCACAUUGGACUCUACUCACCUGGCCCGAAACUACCUUAAGGUGUGGCGGACGGACCCAGGCUCCAUCUUUGACUUUGACCCUGUGGAGGAUAACAUUCAGUCUAAAAGUCUUCACAGACUGUCUGAGCGUGUGAGCCGCCUCACCCGGCAGCAAUCUCAGCAGUCGGUGCACUCGCAGGCCCAGUCAGUGAGUUCACUGGCCUCUGCCUCUGACCUGUGGGACAAAAGCCUGUCUGUCUGCAGCAGCAGCUCCGCACUGCAGUCCCAGGACAGAGCUCCUGUGCUGCCUGGGGCGUACCAUCAGAGUGCUCAGCAGCAGCAGCAUGGGUAUGGCUACAUGCACCAGACCAGCAUGUCCUCUGUGAGGUCUGUGCAGUCCCCUCCAUCUGUCACCAUGAGAGUGUACCGGGCGCUGUACGACUACUCAGCGCAGGACCACGACGAGGUGUCCUUCCGCGACGGUGACGUCAUCGUCAACGCUCAGCCCAUCGACGAGGGCUGGAUGUACGGCACCGUGCAGAGGACCGGCAAAUCAGGCAUGCUCCCCGCCAACUACGUGGAGUGCUUCAACUAAGGGAACCAUCUCAAUAGUCUUUAAGUGGUUUUCUUUCCUCUCCCCUUGUCUCCUCUCCUCCAUCUGCACUGAUUGAAUAGGUGGAAGGGAUAAGGUGGAUUGGAUGCCUACUGGGAAAUUGACUUUCACCAGUCCAGUUCUUUUCAUGUCAGUACAGAUGAAGGAGAGGAGAUGAGGAAAGGAGGCUACUCUAGAUUAUUGAGAUGCACCCAAGGGCUAGCCUUACCAUGGUGUAGGCAGAGUCCAUUCCGCAAGUGUCUGUUUUAAGCUUGGUCCUGGAGAGCUGCAUCAGUAAGAUACAUUAAUUGAAUGGAGUUGUUCAAUUUGCCUUGUCUAGACUACAGGCACAAACUAUCAGAGCCACACUAUCCUCUGAAAAUGAUGUUUAAAGUAAUCAUGUAAUACGUUUUGCUUUUGGUUUCACUUAAGGCAUUGGUGGCUUGCCCCACGUGAUCAGAGUUCAUGAAAAUUGUUUAUAUAAUUCAAUCAGAGAAUUGCAACCCUCAAAUAGACAACAUUAGCAGACAAAAAUACAUAUUCAAUGGAAUGCUGUCGAAAACAUGUUUCACACAAUAGAAAGCACAUUUGAAUUUGGUUAGGCAGUGCAGUUUCUUUUAGUUUCACACAGUAAACAGCGUUGUGUUGACUUCAUGAUCCCGAAAGUGCAGUUUUGCAGCACAAGAACAGUAAUGUUUUCGACUUAUCCUGGAAAAGUGCUUAGCGGGUUUGCUUGAAUAGAGCCCAACACAGUCCUCCAGGACCAGAAUGGGGCCUUCUUAUACUCCUUUGUAUUUCAUUUCUAUUAUUAUGUUUCGCAUUUAGACAUCCACACUAACUGUGUUUUAUGUACAAAGGAGGGAAGGGGAGAGGGAGUUGAGGAGAAAUCUAUGUUUCAAUAAUAUCCUGACAGUGAUUGCCAGAAAGUUAGCUGUUUAGCUUUUGUUAUCUCAUUAACACGUCGCUUCGUACUGUUUCUGUCUGAUGACAUAAGGGUUUGGUUUAAACCAGCUCCACAAGUAAAUAUAGUUGAUACAAUCUAUAGUCAACGAGUCACGCAAUCUCACCUCUUUCUGUGAUUUUAGUGGAUUAUCUACAUCUCAUAUACCAGUUAAGCCUCACACAGGCUUUGAUUAGAUUAUGUCCACAUAAUUUAGAGCUAACUGGCAACAUGGUUGUUAUAUUUUGCUAUGUACACAGUUUCAAAUAACACCCAAGAAUGGUGUAUGAAGUUGGAUUGCAAUCUUGACAUUUCUGAACUAUUGUGAACAGUAUUGUGAUGUAUAAGAUGAUCCUAUUUUACUCUUCAGGAUUGCAGACACUAAUGACAGUACAUGUAUUGGUGCAUGUUAUAAAUAGUUUAUACUGUAAUAUCUUGAGGGGUGCAAAGAUUAUUGAAUACUAGGCCUACUGUGGCCAUUCAAUGACAUAGUUUCUGGAUACAUGGUAGCUGGGGAUCUCUUUAACAUGUUAUUGUAGAUUACAUGUUAUCAUGGAAUGUGGUAGCUAAUAAACAGAAAUGGCUAAGUUAUAAAAUGGUCAUAUUUAUUGGCCUUGAAGAGAAAAUAAUGGGACAGCAAGAAACAUCAUAGAUUUUUUUUGUCCAGUGGUUUAUUGCUUCGAGUAGUUCCGUCUUGAAAUGUCUCUGUAAAAGAAAAUGUUUUACUCAGUUUGUACACCAUCACUGAGUUUUAGUGAGAUGCCACUUUUUCCUGAGUUAACCAUUUGUUUUAUUUUUUUGUCAUUAACUGCAGUGUCACGUGUGAAAAAUAAAAACGCUUUGUCAACAAUGA